ACCGAUAAUCGAUAUUAAUAUUCUUAUUAAUUUAAAGUAAACUCACGUGAUAUAACUUGAAUAUAAGUGAAACCGGCAAAUAUUAAAACAUUGUAAAUUUAUUAUUUAAAUUGAAAAUUAAAAUAAACAAUUCAAAUAUGGAUGCCAUGGUUAUUAGAAAUAUGAAAGACUUUCAACUUUUAUUUAAUCAAAUGUCUGAAACAUGUUUUAAAACUUGUGUAAAUACAUUUAUGUCAAGAGAUAUAUCUACAGAAGAGGUUCAAUGUAUAGAAAAUUGUUCGGGCAAACAUAUCAAUGCAAAUCAUAAAAUAAUGGAAAUAUUUAUGGAUGUACAACGUACUAUUGCUUUAAAAAAUGUGGAAGAAUUUCAAAAAGCUCAAGCAGCAUUUGAAGUGGCUCAAAAAGAUCAAAAUUCAGAAAGUACUAGGUAGUCAAUUUUAUAAAUCAAGUAGAUUUUUUAUUGUAUUUUUAGAAAUUAUUUUCUUGUACAAACUAUUUUAAAUUGUUUAAUUAAUAUGCAUUUAUUAUUUACUAUUAUUUACAUUGAUAUAUUACAAAACAUUUAUAUUCUAUGGAAAUAAUAAAUAUAUAAAAUAUUUCAUA